AUGGUGCCCCUCCAACUCACUGUCUUCUUCAUAAUCCUCUGGGUGCUUGAAUCGUUGACAGCAAUUAUGCAGAGCAACUUAAUUUUUACAGUGCUGGGAGAGUGGGUGCCGGCCAGAAGGCUGUCAUCAUCGAUGGACUUGAUUCUCACCUGCCUGGGUAUCUGCUGCUUCUGUCUACAGUGAGUGUCAGUGCGGAACAAUUGUUGCUCCAAUUUUAACCCUAACUAUGUAUUUUGGUAUUUAUUGGUCACUUGGGAGUUUACUAACUCUUACUGGUUAACCAGCUUGCCUGCUGUCUUCCACUGUGUCAAAGUCUCCUCCCUAACCCACUCCAGCUUCCUCUGGCUGAGGCGGAGAAUUUUGAGGUUCGUUCCUUGGCUGUUGCUGGAUUAUCUGUUGAUUUCUUGUGUGUCAAUCCCCUUCUCGGAUGUUAGGAAUUAUAUGAAUGGGCACUUAGUCACCAUGGGGCAUUUCUCUACGAACAGCAUUAGGAUUGAGAGGCUUAAGAUGUUUCACCUGUAUUUUACCAUCUCUUACGCAAUGGUCACAUUGGUUAUUCCUUUCCUCCUGUUCCUGGCCUGCACCAUCUUGGUCAUGGCCUCCCUGUUCCAACCCGUGGAGCAGGAGCGCCACAGCACUGGCCACUACAGCUCCAGCAUGGAAACGCACGCCACCGCCCUGAGCUCUCUUGCCAUCUUUCUCAUUUCCUUCACCUCUUACUUGCUGACCCUACUCAUCUCUAUUAUGAACAUCUCAUUGGAUAAGAGGUCCUGGUUCUGGGCCUGGGAAGCUGUCAUCUAUGCUAUAGUCUCAAUUCACUCCCGUUCACUAAUGCUGAGCAGCCCUAAAUUGAAAGAGGUUUUAAAGAUAAGGUGCUGGGGCCUAGAGGCUGCCUGGGGCACAGGGUACAACAAGACCCCUGGGCAAAUGGGCGUUGGCAUUGACACGACUAAGGCCAAUAACCAGCAUUGCUCUUACAGUCCCCCAUGUGAUAGUGAUACACCAUAA